ACAGCCUUUUCCAGCGUGCAGCUUCUGCAGUUGGAGAGAUGCUUCAACGACAACAUGUACCUCAGCCGCAUUAGGAGAAUAGAGAUUGCCGCGAGUCUGCAUCUGACGGAAAAACAGGCGAGUAACGCUUUUGUAAAAAUCUGGUUUCAAAACAGAAGAGUUAAGUACAAGAAA